AUGGAUCGGCUAACGCUUUUCUUCCUCCAUCCUGUAUCACUUUAUCAAGGGGCGGCUUUCCCUUUUGCACUUUUGUUUAAUUAUCUCUGCAUUCUGGAUUCUUUCCCCACCCAUGCCAGGUACCUCUUUCUCCUGGCUGGAGGGGGCGCCCUGGCCUUGGCAGCCAUGGGUUCCUUCGCUGUGCUUGUCUUCGUCCCCGCUCUGUGGGCUGCGGUGCUGAUAUCCUGGCUUGGCCCACGGGAUGUGCACAGGUGGGCUUUCAUUUCCCAGAUGAGCUGGCAGACGCUCUGUCACCUGGGGCUGCACUACACCGAAUACUAUCUUCGAGAACGUCCUUCCACGAGGUUCUGCAUCACUCUUUCUUCCCUCAUGCUAUUGACCCAGAGGGUGACAUCCCUCUCUCUGGAUAUCCGUGAGGGAAAAGUGAAGGCAGCAACAAGAGGCAUCGGGGAAAGAAGCUCGUUGUCUGAGCAUCUGUGUGAGGCGCUGCCCUACAUCAGCUACUUGCUCUUUUUCCCUGCUCUCUUAGGAGGCCCUCUGUGUUCCUUCCAGAAAUUCCAGGCUUGUGUCCAAGGGUCUGGCACUUUGAGUCCCAGGCGCUCCCUCUGGGCUCUGAGUCAGAGGGGUCUGCAGAUCCUGGGCCUCGAGUGCCUAAAGGUGGUCUUGGGGAAGGUGGUGAGAGCAGGAGCAGGUCUGGCUGACUGCCAGCAGCUUGAGUGUAUUCGAGUCAUGUGGUCCACGGCCGGGUUCUUCAAACUCACCUACUACUCUUGCUGGAUCCUGGAUGAUGCCCUCCUCCACGCCGCGGGCUUUGGACCUGGGUUUGGUCACAGCCCCAGUGAGGAGGGCUACCUCCCCGAUGCGGACAUCUGGACACUGGAAACGACCCACAGGAUCUCCCUGUUCACGAGAAAGUGGAACCAAAGCACAGCGCGGUGGCUCCGACGCCUCGUGUUCCAGCACGGCGGGACCUGGCCGCUGCUGCAGACCUUUGCCUUCUCGGCCUGGUGGCAUGGGCUCCAUCCAGGACAGGUGUUCGGUUUCCUGUGCUGGGCUCUGAUGGUGGAGGCCGAUUACCUGAUUCACACUUCUGCUGGCUUGUUUGUCAGAUCCCGGCGGAUGCACCUGCUCUACCGAGCGCUCACUUGGGCCCACACCCAGCUCAUCAUUGCUUAUAUAAUGCUGGCCGUGGAGGCCCGGAGCUUCUCCUCCCUCUGGCUGCUGUGUAAUUCCUGCAACAGUGUCUUCCCCCUGGUGUACUGCAUUUUGCUUUUUCUAUUGGGAAAGAGAAAGCAGACAUUUAACUGA